CAGCCUGUAUUUACCACCAGGAUGUUUCUGCCAGUGUCAGAUGGAUUUGGAGGUAGUGUUCACGGAGCUGGGACAGUUCGGCAAGUACCAGACCUUGCAGUACGCCCUGCUCACCAUACCUCUCUUAGCUUCCGCCUUCGAGGAGAUCUCAUACAUCUUCACGUCCAGCGAGGUCGACUACAGAUGUCUAGUGCCCGAGUGCGAGCAAGCGAACACGACCGAGUUCUCUCCUCCAUGGUUGUCUCUGGCGGUGCCGUACAGAGGGGACCCGCUGCAGCCGGCAUGGUGUGACCGCUACGGUGUAAACCUGGCCAUCAACACCACGGCGCAGCUCUGCUCUUCGGAGAUGUUCUUGACCAACGUGACCCAGACCUGCAACCAAUGGGUGUUUGAGUCCAAGGAGAAAACUAUAGCCACCGAGUUCAAGUUGUUCUGUGAGGAGAACAUCUGGCGGAGAACGAUGGUGGGAACUGUCAACAACCUGGGGCUCAUCACGAACUACAUCAUCGUCUGCUAUCUCUCUGACAGAUUCGGCCGUAAAUCAGCACUAUUGACCUUGACUUUAGUCCAAGGACUUCUUGUAAUUCUGCAAUCCUUUUCUCCAUCGUAUUCUACGUUCAUCCUGUUGGAGUAUUUGGUCUGCUUCUGCUCAACCUUCAACUCUGCAUUCGUCUUGGCCAUAGAGAUGGUGGGCGGAGACAAGCGCAUGUUUGCCAACUGCCUGAUGAACACCCUGUACUCUCUAGGAGAAGUAGUGGUCGCUAUCAUCAUGUGGUGGGUCCAGGACUAUCGAGUGUUAUUGCGGUUCAUAGGAGCCAUUAAACUGGUCAACAUUCUCUACUUAUGGCUGGUGAGUGAGUCAGUACACUGGUACCUGACCAUGGAGUACUAUGAACAAGUGGUCAACGUCGUGAAGAAUAUUGCAAGACUCAACAAGAAACAGUUGUCAGAGUCUACACAGCAUACUCUGGACAAUCUGGUCGCCAAGAGAGAAAAGAUUAAAAAGGCGGAAGUGAAGGUUCCAACUCGAUCUGUCAUCAGAGAGCUGUUCAAUUCUCGGCCUCUGCUAUCUAGAUUUGCCAUCUGUUCACUUACCUGGUCGGUGAACGUGUUUGUCUACUUCGGCUUCUCUCUGAUGUCGGUGACUCUGGCAGGCAACAAGUAUGUCAACUUCCUCCUGAUCGCCCUGGUGGAGGUGCCAGCCUAUGCCGCCAUGUGGCUGGGCAUGGAGUUCUUCAAUAUCGGCCGCAAGACGGCGCUCGCCUGCACGUUCUUACUUACUGCGGUCCCUUGCCUCAUCUACCUGUUUGUGCCUUCAGUUAUAAGAAGUGUACAGAAGUAUCAACCAGGGCAGAUGGUCGAAAUGACCAUAUUUUCCAUCACGAUCUCGUACACAGUGAUCUAUGAGGUUGGUGCCGAAGUUUUCCCCACCGAGCUGAGACAGUCCAUGGUCGGUCUAUGUUGUGCAGUUGGCUGCAUUGCGGGCCUGUUCGCUCCUCAGAUCCCUCUACUGGCCCUGUACAUAAACCCCAUGCUGCUGUUCUUCUGGUUGUCAGUGGGCGCCGGCUCCCUGUCUCUACUGCUGCCAGAGACUCAGGGUCGUAGUCUGCCAGACACCAAUCAUUGCAGGCCGUCAAGUUUGAGCUAGUAACCCGUAUAUACCAGUCAUGCGAUCAUGCAACAUUACUCAUCUUUAUUUAUUUUAAUUUUAAUUAUAUUUUUAUGUUUAUUUUUUACACUUUGGUGAACACAAAAAGAGUGUCACAUUUUGAAAAACAGUCUCAGUGCCUGUUCUCCGAGUGGCUUAAAAGUCUAUAAUGUAAACUUUAAAUUUGACUGUGACACUUAAAUAUACAUUGUGUUUUGUUA